GUUUGUGGGAUCCAAGUUGUCAAUGCUCAGGUGUAAAAUCUUAUCUGCUCCUUCCAGAACUUUCUUCAAGAAACACAUCAGUCGUAAGCAUGGCCAGAAGUGAUGCCCAUGGGGCCAGAAUGGCAAACCUCUCAGGCAAGCCACAAUUCAAGAGUAUGUUGAAGGCUUCGGUAAAGAAAAGUUCCAAGGCAAAACCAAUGUACAGUGGACUCCUAACGAUGACUACACAAGACUGACUGCAUUCUUCUACGUUGAGAACAUCUUUACAUGUGUAAAAUUCAUCGAAGACUUGUACAAUCUUGACUCUGAAACGAUGAAGCAGAUUCCAGGAGUGCAAAUUCUCGACCAAGACAUCUUCAAAGUUGAACUUCACACUCCGAAGCUCAAAGGCCUCAGCUACAAAGACCUCGAACUUGCAAGCAUGAUCAACGGGUUUGACUUCACGAAGUAUAAGCUGACUCCGAUGGACGAUUUGAAGCAAGUCAGAAGGAUUAAGAGGCAGCAACAGAUCGAAGCAGAGAAUGCUCAGAUCCAAGACGAAAUUGCGAAGUCAGCGUACAAGUUCGGAUCCAAGAAGUUCAGACAAGUGGAGUAAGGCCCAAAAUAUUUUAUA